UCUGUUUCGAUGUCAUCAGAACGUUCUAGAAAUUCAGCGCCUCCACUUCUUUCCAUUUGUAUUUAAAGUUCCGAGGACCGCCGAGUGCUUAAGAGUUUCUGUUUAAACUUGUGAUCAUGAGCGGAAACGAGGUUUCUACAGAAGGAGCUGAGAUAUCAGCUGGGAUGGAAGUCUGGAUCAACCACAGAAACUUUCCCAGCAACCUGUGGCAUUUGGUGACUGAUCCUCAGAUUUGUUCAAUCUGCUGGGAUGAUACUGGGGAAGGAAUACUGAUCUGUCCGGAGGCCUUCAAAGCUGAAGUGCUAUCUACAGCCAACAAGAAGAUGAACAAGUACUUCAGAACGACAAAUUUCAUCAGUUUUGUUCGCCAGCUAAACCUGUAUGGCUUCAGAAAAGUGUGCCCAGACUAUAAGAUCUCGUUGACGAAAGUCAGUUUUAUACAGCACUUUUACAACCCGAACUUCAAACGGGCAAACCCAGAGCUUCUGGUCAACCUAAAGCGACUCACGCCUUCCAACAGGGCCAAGCUUGCCGCCGGGCCAGAAGUGUCCACACAGUCGUGUCCUUCCCAUGAUCCGAUGCUGAAUUCACCAGAGAGCUCUGCUGUGGUCGAGAAUCAUUGCUGUAUCCUGGGCUCCUUGGAUUCAAACAUGCCCUGCUCCCAACAAGAGGACCACUCAUUUAGCCAAAUCCUGCAUACUGGCCCGGGCUCAUUGGAUUCAAACAUGCCCUGCUCCCAGCAAGAAGUUGCCUCCGACGCUGAUUCUGGCUGUUAUCCUGACCACUCAUUUAGCCAAAUCCUGCACACUGUCCAGAAUCCAAAGUGGCAAUCAGCUGAUGCUUCAGAUCCCAGGAAGAGUCACAUGAACCUGGACACUGUAUUCGAUGUGGAAGAUCAAAUGGAGGGAGCAGAAGCGUUUCCCUGAAUGCAACAAAGAAAAGAGUCCAUUGUUGGGAUGGCUGAGAUCUGUGUGUGUGUGUGUGUGUGUGUGUGUGUUUUCUCCUUAUUCAGGCUGCUGCUUUCUUCACUCUGCUUACUGAUGUCGACUUAUGAUGAAGACAAUACCAAUAACUCUUGCAGAGGCAUUUAUUAUAUUAAAUGCAAUGUGAUAUUUGUAUGAAUUUAACAUUUGUAAAUUAGUCUAAUCAUAACUAUUGAUAUUUAAGAAGAACUAUUCAAGUACAACAUUAUAUGUAUUGAUCAUUCUUUUUAGAUUUUAAUAGAAAUUUAGUGGGACUUUGACAGGUAAUAUUUUAAUGCAAAUUUGACCUAGUUAUACAAUAGGAACGGUAUUCUAUUCUAACUAUAAAGGUGUAUGUAUGAAACAAUGCACAGAAAUGUGAGCCCUGAUGCAUGAAAUGUACUAAAUGAUUUAUUCAACAAAGUAAUUUAUUUUUUGUAGCUUUUCUAUACACUCAUGUGGUAAUGUUUGGAAAUACGUUAUGAAUAACAUUCUAAUAUUUAUCAAAUAAUCUGAAACAAGAAUCAAUGCAGGAGAAAAUUUAAUAUUUUGCCUAAGAAUUAUUUAUAGGCUGAUGGUGGUGUAGAACAUGUAUGAAGCUUUAAACAGUGCCAUAGAGGUUUAACUUACAGACACUGGUCAGUCUUUACAAAGUGCUCUGAACGGACGUCAUUUAAGAUACUGUAGGACAUGCAAGGUGUAACAGACAGCAGGCCUUGAUGUAAAUCUAGUUAAAAGGUGUAGUUCACAUUAGUGAUGAUGUUUCUGAUCUAAUAUCAGUGUGUAUAAUAAAUCAUAAAACACUGAGUUGUAGAUGCUUUCAACUGUCCAGCUUAGUGAGUAGAAUGCACAAAGAUUGAAUUUGUACUAGUAAAGGGAUGUGAUAUAAGGUACAAUGCUAUUUCAGUAAAGACGGUAAACAGUAAAUUAGAAGUACACCUGCACUACUACAUGUUAUUGCCAAAGCAUUUACAGGUUUGUUAUGAACAAUUAAGAGUGGAGAGGUGUGAUACAGCCUGACAUGAAGCAGAAAUACUGUACUAACAAACAUAUAGUUUAUCAUAUAGUAUCAGAACAUCCUGAGGUGUUUUAUUCUUCUUAACUCAAAGCCAUAUUUGUCAGCACUUCUUCCCACACGUCCUGGUUCGUGACGUCACUCCUGGGUCGGCGGCCAUUUUGUAUUUUUCCUUCUGAGGCGGCGGCUAUUUUAGGUGACUAGUCACUAUAUAACAAUAUAAUACAUGUUUUUCCUAGUUUGAGUGUAAAUCCUUUUAGUUUUAGAGUAAAUGAGCAUCCAGCUUCAAACAGAAUCAUGUCGGUUUGAAUAUCGGUGCAUAAGAAGUGAGAGAAAGUUAGGAUGAGGUUUUCAAUCAGAAAUGAUUUAAAAAGUGAAUAGCAAUUAAGUAGAGUAAAUAAAUCAAUAAUUUAAUCACAUGACAGAAUUUUAGAAUAACCAAAACGACAUAAAUACAGAUAUAAAAUGUUGCAGAAAAAAUAAAAAGCAUGUUAAAAAUCGU